AUGACUGUGAAACCGAAGUGCAGUGCAGAGACCCUGAACGCAUCGUGUCACUACCAGAUAUCACACAAAUCUGUAACAUGUGAGUGGAGUCUGGAGUCAAACGGCCACGCCCAGUCUGACGUCACUCUCAUCUUCAGCAGUGAAGAUAACAUCUUCUCCUGUGAGGGAAUCUUCAACCCGGCGGCCGUCCUCAACAUAACGGCCAGGAUCAAGGACUACAUGAUGGGGAGGGAGAUCUGGUCUCAGCCUCACACCGUGUUUCUUUACGAUGCAGUCAAACCCUCUCAGCCUGUAUUAGGUGUACUUGACUCCACUGAGGACUCUGUCGUUGUGUCCUGGAGAAGCAGCGAUGACGGCGUCUGUCGGCUUCGAUACAGAGUCGAUAGCGCUCACAUAUGGACCCAGGCUCUAGAUUCUGUCCCUGCACCUCGACAUCAGAACCUGACCUACACGAUCAAAGACCUCCUGGUGUCCACCGUCUACAGAGCCGCCGUGGCCUGCAGAGAGGAGUCCGGCAUCUGGAGCGACUGGAGCUCUGACGUCAGCGCGAGGACGCUGGACAAAGUGCCCUCUCAGCCUCCAGAGGUUUGUUACAGAGUGGAGAAAACUGACUCUGGAUCUUUUCUCCUUCAUCUCAUGUGGAAGGAAUUCGACAUCUGUGAUGCCGGAGGUCGUAUCCUUGGAUACCAGGUGAGCUACGAGCAGGUGAAGAAGAAGGAGGAGGAGCAGCUGCAGCACAGAUUCAUUCAAAAUGUCACAGAGGUGACGGCUCUCCUGGUGGUGGAGGAGGGAAACUGCAGUGUCACAGUUGCAGCAUUCAACGCGGCCGGCUACGGACCGGCUGCCCAUCUCAGCAUUGACCCCCAGAGACAGAACACCCUCCCGUCGGUCAGACACUUGUGGGUCUCCAGUUCUUUCCCGGCUUUGAAGGGCCUUCUGGUCCAAUGGGAGAACCCCAAAAUCCCAGAUGUCAGUCAUCUCGCUGUUCAGUGGCGCUCCGAGACUCGUCCAUCCACCAGCAGCCAGUGGACCAGAGUGGACAACCUCACCACCUCUACUGUCAUAAAAGAUGUUGACCCUGAUGAAUCCUACCUGAUCAGUGUGUUCCCCGUCUACAACCAGCAGUGUGGACCUCCUCAGUCGCUGCCGGCCAGUCUGCAUCAGGGAGCUCUGAGGGAGGCGGUCCAACUGAAGGUGGUGGGCGUGACCAAAACCACUGUGACAGUGAUGUGGGUGUGGCAAAGGAAGGCUGGACCAAUCAGAGUGCACAGAUACAGAGUGAGGCUGAGGAAAGACUCGGAGGUCCACACUCUGUCUCUGUGGCCCGACCAAUGGCAGCUCACCUUCUUCAACCUGAACCCCAACACUGAGUAUUCUCUCCUCCUAUUGGCCGACGAUGCUUCCAGAAACAUUGUACCUGUGAGGACAGAAUUUGAUGAGGUACUUGUGGUGGCUGCAGCGACUCCUCUGCUGCUGCUCGCUGUCGUUGUGUUAAUCAUCUCCAUCCUGUCCAGGACUCUGUACAAGUCGUACUUCUUCCCGCCCAUCUCCAGCCCUUGGGGCAGUACGGCAGGCCGGUGGCUGAUGGAUCCAAACCUCCAGCAUUUCCUGAAGUCCUCCAACAUCCUGGACAUGGAGGACUUCCAGGUGAAGGAUGUUCUCGGAGAGAAGAGCCUCAUCACGGUCGGUCCGAACUCAGAAGAGGACCUACGCGAAGACGCCGCUCUGCUGUCCGUCGUCAAACUGUCAGCCCUCCGACUGGACACUGACUAUAUUCCUGACGCCCCAGUGAUCCAGGAGCACCCACUGGUUUGUUCCCAGUCCUAUCACACUGACUACUCAGAGAACCGCCGACACCCUGACGGGGUUUUCUUAUCCGAGGAGAGCCGAGACGCCGCCGUGACAGGUGAAGCCAACGGCAGCUUUCCCCAGAGAGAAGACGAGACUUUACACCAGAGAGAAACAGAUGUGAAAUUGAAUCUUUGUGACUUUGUGGCGAGCAGUCCCGGAGGUUAUCAGAUGACCUGCGAGGCCGAGUAUGUAGCAAACGGAUGCCUGCUCUUAUCUGAUCUGUGAGGCUGAUUGUGCAGCAAAGAGUUGCUAAACUGCAGAAGAAGAGUGACAAACACACUGGUGUCCAUUACACAGCAGACAGCUUUUUUCUGAAUUCUCCGAUGCAGCUUUAGCGAGCGUUCCCACUGAAACCAGACCCGUUUGCAAAGACCGAACGCGUUGUUGUUGUUGUUUUUAUUAACCGGCAGGAUUCACUUUAGUCCGCCGGAAAUUAAGAGAAGAAGAAGACGAAUAAAAUCAAACCAUUACAACCUAUACCUUUGUGUGUUCCAAAGCAAACCAAGGGUCCUUCGAAUUUUCCCCGAUUUUGUGCCUCCUCGAUUCCUUUCCUCGCCUCCUCGCAUCGACCCCGCCUACAGGAGAUGCGAGCGGAGGAGUUAGAAGCAACAGGCGUUUAAUAAAUGAGACGACCUCGCCUCGGAGACGUUAAAUACGACGUGUGUCACAGCUGAUCGGAUGUCCAUUGUUUAGUUAUACAGUUGUAUUUUAUGAUCUCUGUCAGAUGAGCAUAACAGUGUUCAUGAUAACUACUAUAUAUUCUUUACUAAGAUAUUUGGAUGUCAUGCAUUUGUUAAUUAACACACACACACACAGACUAUUAUAGACUUUAUGUCCUUUCUGAUAUUUGCUGCCAUGCUUUUGUGUUCUGAAGUAGCAUCAAAAAACUUGUUGCACUUCUAUGUUUACUGUCUUUCUCUCUUCCUACGUUUCUUCUCUCCAGUAUUUCCACUGCAGAAAUA